UUCUACCGAUCGAGAUGCCGCUUCGCAAACGCGAGAGUUAACGAUGCUCGUUCAGUAAUCGCGAGUGUAAAAAUUCGAAUUAUUAAGAAGCAUUUGCGUGAAGAACACUAGCGUCGACUAGUGUCGGAGUGAAUUGAAACGGUGGCCUCGCGCGAACGAAAAUUUUGUAUGAGAAGAUUAAAUUCAGAAUUCGUUUGCUACGCGAAAAGAUCAAGCGUUAACAUGGUGAAAGGAAGACGAAAACGUGUACAGGCAAGGAAUGUAGUUUGUACAAGAGCAGCUGUCUUGUCCUUGCAAUUCAACGAUAUGGGUUCCCCAAUAAAAAAGGAGGCCAAACUAGAUAAAAGUAGAAAUAUAGAAAAUGAUAUUCCGGAUGAGACACGUAAAUCUUCCAUGUGCAUUAGCUCAUUUUUUUACACUCAAAUUGCAAAUGUUUCGAGUUCGGAUGUUUCCAAAAGCAAAGCUUCCAUAGAACCUAUCGAAAGCUUCUACAGAAAUGAAAAGACUACUAGUAUACAGGAUGAUAUUCUCAUCGAUAUCGGUGAAUUUAGAACAGAUGAAACACCUGUGGCUGUACCCAUUCAUGGGCCAGCAACACCGCACAGGAUAAAUAUGCCAAACAGUCAGUUGGAAGACUUGGACGAAGGGAAUGCAAACUGUGACAAGAGUAACAACUCUACAGUGUCCAAGCCUUGUCUGGAACAAACACCUUUGAAGAAAUCUGUUAAUCGCGGCCGUAGAAAAUUAAAUAACAAUCAAGACAUUAGUCGUCGCGUGACGGAUUCUACGAAUACCAAAAGUACAAAUCACAAGCUUACUGAUUACUUCCCGGUACGUCGCAGCGUGAGGAAGUCUAAAAAGGCUGUAUUGGAGGAGAAGCAGCGUGAUAUGGAAAACAAAGUGCUUUGUCAAGUAGAAGAAGGUUUGGAGGUAAGGCACUUCAGUGGUAAAGGACGUGGAAUUAUAACAACGCGAGAGUUCGCUAAAGGAGAGUUCGUGGUUGAAUACGUCGGUGAAUUGAUCGAUCAAAUAACAGCGAAAAAGCGUGAGAAGUUGUACGCCCAAGAUCAGAACACCGGAUGCUAUAUGUAUUAUUUUCAACAUCGUAAUCAUCAGUAUUGCGUCGAUGCAACAGCAGAGACUGAUAAGUUAGGUAGACUUGUAAAUCAUUCGAGAAAUGGUAAUUUAAUUGCACGAGUUGUAGAAGUAGGUUCAACGCCCCACCUGGUACUUACGGCGAAAGAAAACAUACCCAUUGGUGUAGAAGUGACGUACGAUUAUGGAGAUCGAAGCCGCGAGGCUAUUCGUUAUCAUCCAUGGUUGGCUUUAUAGCGCUUUUAAUUAAUUGCAUAGUAUGAUAUUUAUUGUACAGCAGAAGUGAAAUUUGAAUGUAUUUGCCUCCUCGUACGACGGAUCAUACAAUAUGUUUUAGUUACACUUUAUGAAACAAAGGUAUGCAAAGAAGAAUACAUUUAUAUAUAAUUCUGCUUCCUUUAGUACGUUUCAAAUUAUAUACUGACUUAUCUACAUGAUAGAAUGAAAUAAAUUAGAAAUACUUCGCAUUUUAUGAAUGAACAGUAUGCUAUAUUACUGCAUAUCUGAUUUAUAUAAUCUUUUUUUUUUCAUUUAUUAAAUAAACCAAAACUGCACGUACUAAAUGUUUUAAAUUAUAAUU